AAACCGCGUGCCCGCUCGCGCGCCGCGCCUCCAGCCGCGCACGCGCAUAUACAGAGACCUCAACAGGCCCUUGCUGGCAGAAAACCCUCCCCCGACUCCCACCGAGGGCAGCGCUCACCACUGAAUGACUUCCAGCUGCUCCAGAGCACAGAGUUAAAGAACUUCCUACACACAGUGGUGCCAGGACCAUGGGAGGAGGAUGUGGCAGAUGCUGAGGAGUGUGCAAGGCGUUGUGGUCCCCUUCUGGACUGUCGGUGAGUGGCUAAGUAGCCUAGGUAUGGAUGAGGGUAUGAGAAUCUGGACUGUCAGUUAACCUUGUAUCUGCUUCCCAGAGCCUUCCACUACAACUCGAGUAGCCACGGUUGCCAGUUGCUGCCAUGGACUCAACACUCACCCCACACACAGCUACACCAUUCAAGUCUGUGUGAUCUUUUCCAGAAGAAAGGCAAGUGAGGGUGAGGAAAAAUAGGGUGAGCAACAAAGGGUGUGAAUCCUCAGUUCCUGCUGACCUUUCCCCUCUCGCUUCCAGACUAUGUACGAGCCUGCAUUAUGGACAAUGGGGUCAGCUACCGGGGCACCGUGGCCAGGACAGCAGGUGGCCUGCCCUGCCAAGCCUGGAGCCGCAGAUUCCCCAAUGACCACAAGUAUACGCCCACACCAAAGAAUGGCCUGGAAGAGAACUUCUGUCGGAAUCCUGAUAGGGACUCCAGAGGCCCCUGGUGCUACACAACAAACCCUAGCGUGCGGUUCCAGAGCUGUGGCAUCAAGUCCUGCAGAGAGGCUGUUUGUGUCCGGUGCAACGGUGAGGAUUACCGUGGCGAGGUAGACGUUACAGAGUCGGGACGCGAGUGUCAACGCUGGGACCUGCAGCACCCUCACUCUCACCCUUUUCAGCCCGACAAGUAUGUAGGCAGAAUCCUUAUGCCGAGGGUGGGGCUCAACCCUACCGGGGAGGGGCCUGAGUCCCAGAGUCUUAUUACUACCCCCAGGUUCCUCGACAAAGCUCUGAAUGACAACUAUUGCCGUAAUCCAGAUGGAUCUGAGAGGCCCUGGUGCUACACCACAGACCCAAAUAUCGAACGGGAAUUCUGCGAUCUUCCCAGUUGUGGUAGGCUGCAGGGACAGGGCCUAGGAAGGAAUUUGGCAAAGACUGGCAGGCACGGCUCAACUGGGAGAGGGCCCAACCUGCCACUGAUCACCAAAGGAUCCAAGUCACACCAGCGCAACAAGGGCAAGAUUUUGAAUUGCUUCCACGGAAAAGGCGAAGACUAUCGAGGUACAACCAACACCACCUCUGCGGGUGUGCCCUGCCAGCGAUGGGAUGCACAGAGCCCACACCAGCACCGCUUUGUGCCGGAGAAAUACUCUUGCAAGGACCUUAGGGAGAAUUUCUGCCGGAAUCCUGACGGCUCCGAGGCGCCUUGGUGCUUCACAUCGCGACCAGGUUUGCGAGUGGCCUUUUGCUACCAGAUCCCACGCUGUACAGAGGAAGUGGUGCCCGAAGGUGAGGCUGGAGCAGGAGGUAGAGGAGGGCAGGAAUCAGGAACCGAUCUGGGGCUGAUGGCUGCCCUUGCCCCAUCCACUGCAGGGUGCUACCACGGCUCAGGUGAACAGUAUCGAGGCUUGGUCAGCAAGACCCGCAAGGGUGUUCAGUGCCAGCACUGGUCCGCGGUGACACCACACAAGCCACAAUUCACACCCACCUCAGCACCACAGGCGGGACUGGAGGCAAACUUCUGCAGGAACCCAGAUGGGGAUAGCCAUGGGCCCUGGUGUUACACUUCAGAUCCAGCCACCCUGUUUGACUACUGUGCCCUACAACGCUGUGAUGAUGACCAGCCACCAUCCAUCCUGGACCCCCCAGACCAGGUGCAGUUUGAAAAGUGUGGCAAGAGGGUUGACAAGAGAAACAAACUUCGUGUGGUGGGGGGCCAUCCUGGGAGCUCACCAUGGACAGUCAGCUUGCGCAACCGACAGGGCCAGCAUUUCUGUGGAGGGUCCCUAGUGAAGGAACAGUGGGUACUGACUGCCCGGCAAUGUGUCUGGUCAUGCCAUGAACCUCUCACAGGAUAUGAGGUAUGGUUGGGUACAAUCAACCAGAACCCACAGCCUGGAGAGGCAAACCUGCAAAGGGUCUCAGUGGCCAAGGCAGUGUGCGGACCUGCAGGCUCCCAGCUUGUUCUGCUCAAGCUGGAGAGACCUGUGAUCUUGAACCAUCACGUGGCCCGGAUUUGCCUGCCUCCUGAGCAGUAUGUGGUACCUCCAGGGACCAAGUGUGAGAUUGCAGGCUGGGGUGAAUCCACAGGUACAAGCAAUAACACAGUCCUGCAUGUGGCCUCGAUGAAGGUCAUCUCCAACCAGGAGUGUAAUGUAAAGCACCGAGGUCAUGUACAAGAGAGUGAGAUGUGCACCGAGGGACUGCUGGUCCCCACAGGGGCUUGUGAGGGUGACUACGGGGGACCACUUGCCUGCUACACCCAUGACUGCUGGGUCCUAGAGGGACUUAUAAUCCCCAACAGAGUAUGUGCACGGCCCCACUGGCCAGCUGUCUUCACACGCGUGUCUGUGUUUGUGGACUGGAUUAACAAGGUCAUGCAGCUGGAGUAGGGAUGUCAAGGCUUCUCAAACAUAAAGCAACCUUUCUUUCUAUACAAAGUGCUUCUUAGUCUCUGCUUCUAGGGACUGAGGUGGUGACUCCUUACAGGAGGCGUGGUGCUUUAAGACCAGUACACACUUGGCCAGGUGUUCUGAUCCUGGAACAACUUCAAAAUGUAUGUACUGUGGAUGGGUAAGGUGUCAAUCAUCUUCCAGGGGCACUUCUGGGAAUGCAAGGAUAAUGCAGAACAUUCUCCAACAGAUGGGCUAGAGCAGAAAGAGCUAUGUU